AACGAAGUCCUUGCAGCAUUUCAGCUCGCAUGGCUGUCCCAGGGCUCAGGACUGUUUGCUUUGCCACUGCCAUGCACAGAGCCAGGUGAGCGCGGCCGCGGCGGCGGGGCUGGGCUGGGCUGGGCUGGGCGAGGCCGGCGGUUCCUGCAGAGCGCGGGCCUGCACGGAAGGAAGCGCCCGGCAGGGCCCCGCUGGAUGCGCGCCUUCCCGCGCGGCCCAGCUCCCCGGGGCCAUUGUGUGCGAGCGGCCCGGCGGGCGACCGCAGGCCCGGGGCAGCCCCACCACGGGAGACAAGACACGCCUCGACGGGCGAGUUCCCGGCCUCCUCUGGCCCGCGGCCAGCAGCCGCCUCCUCGCCUCCUCCGCGGUGGCCCCGGCCGCCCCGCCGGCCUAGCUCGCCCGAGCCUCUGAGCGCGACCUCGGCCCUCGGCGCGGCGGGGACGGGACCGAUGUGGCGCAUGCGUGGUGGCGCCAGCCGGCGCGGGGGCCGCGGCGGCGGGGGCAGCAGCAGGGCCGUUGGCGGGCCGGGCCGCCCAGGCCGGGGUCGCGGCGGCGCCGGCGGCGGCGUGGGCUGGCGAGGCCGUGCGGACGGCGCCCGGCCGCAGCUGGAGGAGCGCUUCGCCGACCUGGCGGCGAGCCACCUGGAGGCCCUCCGCGCGCGGGACGAGCGGGACCGGCAGAACGCGCGGCUACGCGAGGAGAACGCCCGGCUGCGGCUGGAGAACCGGCGGCUCAAGCGCGAAAACCGCAGCCUCUUCCGUCAGGCCUUGCGGCUCCCCGGCGAGGGCGGCGACGGAGCGCCCGAGGCGGCGGCGAGGGCCACCCCGGGCCCCGAGGAGGCCGGCGCGAACCGGACGGCGAGAGGCGGCAGCCCCGAUCCGGAGCCGGGCAGCCCCCGGGCGCUGAGGGCCCGCCUCGAGAAGCUGGAGGCCAUGUACCGCCGCGCGCUGCUGCAGCUGCACCUGGAGCAGCGGGCGCCGCGCCCGCCCGCAGACCAGGAGGAGGCGUCUCCGCGCGAGCCCGAGCCCGGCCUGCCAGCCCCGGACCCGGAGCCCGCGGAACCCGGGCCGUAGCCGCAGGCCGCGGCCGGGAGGGGCGGGGCCUCGCGGGGCCCCUCCCCCUCGGCUCACGGCCCCUCCCACCGCCGCACGCCGUGCCACGCGGGACUGGCCUGCUGUGCUGGGCCCGGCACUUCCGGGAGCUGCGCGGAGGCGCUGCGCACUGGGCCCUGGGAGGCUGAGCACCUGCCUCCGGCCCCCGCUCGUUUCUAUUUGGAGAGAGGCCUGGCGGCGGAGAGGCAAGAAGUGGUAACAGGCAACACCUCCUGACGCCUGGACUGUUGUGGUUUGUGAGGACCUGUUGUAAUUUCUCCCUCUAUUUGGGUUCUUUGAGGGAUGGAUAAGGCAUUUUUUUUUUGAGAUGGUUAUGUUUUGUUGUACAUUCUUCAAUCCCCUAUGCCUCCUGCCAUUAUCUCUAACGUGGCCAACAUUCUGUUGUUUUUAUAAAUCGGUAUUACUUGGAUUUCUGAUAAAAAUACACCCUUUUUAUUAAAAAGGUGUUAUUUAUAACAUAGGGACUCGGCCUGCUCCUGGCUCUAGUUCUUAUACAUCUAAUAUAUAUCGAUUUGUUUACCCCGGGAAUUUUUAAAGUAUCUACUUAUAAGUGAUUUUUUUGAAUUGAUAAAUAAAUCUGGUGCAUUGAAAAUAACCUAAAA